CGUCAAAGGCCCAAUUAGUCGUUGUCCGAGCCUCUGAUCGAUAGUCGCUCUCCGUAGUAAAAUAAAAUAAUUUUCAAAACUCAACUGACGAUCGGUCAAAUUUUAUAAAAAAAAAAACCUCACUUUUAUAUACCUUUUUGACCGCUAAAAAUUCAAAACAAUGGUUGACACCGCCACCAUCGACGUUAUUACGGAGACGACCCGCAACCUGACCCUCGAGCAGGCCCGCGGACAGCCCUUCGACUACAAAUGGAUCAUCAAGAAUCCGCGCGACCAGGAGAGGAUGGGCGGCCUCUAUCUGUCGCACUCGCCGCAGUUCCAGGCGCUCUCGGCCGAGCAGGCCUGGAAGCUCGUCUGCUAUCAGGGCAACACGGGCGAGGAGCACACGAUGACGGUGGCCCUGGUCCGUACGCAGCCGGACGACGCCGGCGUCCAGUACGUCGACUACGACUGCAAGGUGUGGGAUCAGGACGAGCGCCACCUCAAUGCCUCGUACGGCUGCGCGAGCGUGCGCGGCAAUCAUCUGGUCUCGCUGGUGGACUUUCCGCGACACUCCUGGGAGAUCAGCAAGGCCAUCGUGAUCCAGCUCAAGCUGUGGCGCAAGUCCGUGAACGCGGAUUACUUUCAGCCCCAGCGCAAGACCUACCUGCACGACGGCACGGACGACUGCAGGGGGGAGCAGCAGCACGCGGUGAAGAAUCUCUCGCUGGACAUGGGCGAGGCGCUGCUCUCGGGCAUGUUCUCCGACGUCACCCUCGUCGUCGAGGGUCGCAGAUUCAAGGCGCACAGAUUCGUCCUGGCUGCGCGCAGUCCCGUCUUCGCCCGGAUGUUCCUGUCGAAUAUGCGCGAGUCGCGCGACCAAGAGAUCCAGAUACCCACGGCGAAUCGCGACUGCUUUCGCAAAUUUCUCCAGUUCUGCUACACGGACGCGGUGCAGAACGUCGAGCUCGACGCGAUCGGUCUGCUGCUGCUUGCGGACCACUACGACGUACCAGGACUGCGCUGGGUCUGCGAGAAGUGCCUGCUGGCGGUGAUGUGCCCAGAGAACGCCCUCGACAUCAUGCUCGUGGCGGAUCUCAUCAACGACGCCAUGCUACUGACCAAGACGAUGGAGUACAUCAAGCCGCGCCAGGAGGCGGUCUACAAGACGGUGAGACACGACGAGCUCAUGGCCACGAAAGCCACCCAGCUGCUGAGAAUGAAGUGGAUGGUCGAGCAUCACGAGAUCGAAGAGCCUAAAGAAGAAGAAGAAGCAGCAGCAGCCGAGGGAAAAGAAUUUAGGGAGGUCUUGGUUUAGACUGUAUGUGACGUGUGCGAGAAACGGGAGAGUCUCGACACGACGACGGAUCGCGUGAAGCGCGACGACAUUUUCAUAUUGAUUGAUUAUUAUAAACUGUACAAAGACUCGGAUCGACGUGGAAAAUUUAUAAAUAAUAUAAAUUUAUGACAUGACAA